UGGGUGGGGUGUGUGUUGGAGGCGCGUGUUGAAAAAGAGGAGUGCUGCCAAAGUUUGGGUCAGAUCGGCUCGUGGAGUAAGCAGUCAAGAGAGACUUGGACUAGAGUUAGCCACACGGUCCCCACGCGAAGGACACGAGAGCUGUACACUGCCAACUCUUCUCCUCCUGCCACAAGUUUCAGGCUGUCCCUCUUUGCGAGAUGGAAACCGCGACCAUCACCACCACGCAGACUGCAUUCACCUUUGGACUUAGCGAAAGACGCGCCAGCAUCAGCCUGCACGCCCCGGCCCAGGACUGCUCGGUGAGCGCUGUGCACCAGAACACCAACGUUGCCGGCUACCAAAGCAAAGCCAAGGUGCUGAAGAGACAGCGCUCCAGCUCUCCGGAGCUCCUGCGCUGCAAGCGUCGCCUGAGCUUCAACGGCCUCGGCUACUCCAUCCCCCAGCAGCAGCCUGUGGCCGUGGCCAGGCGGAACGAAAGAGAGAGGAACCGGGUCAAACAGGUUAACAUGGGCUUCCAGACUCUGCGUCAGCAUGUGCCAAACGGCGCCGCCAACAAGAAGAUGAGCAAAGUGGAGACGCUGAGGUCCGCGGUGGAGUACAUCAGAGCUUUACAGCAACUUCUAGACGAACACGACGCGGUGUCGGCUGCUUUCCAGUGUGGACUGCCAUCCCCGACACUGUCCAACAGCUACUCUGCCGACCCGGAGUCGCCUCACUCCACCUACUCAUCAGAUGAAGGUGGCUAUGAGCCUCUGAGCUCAGAGGAACAGGAGUUAUUGGACUUCACAACUUGGUUUGACAGGUACUGAGGCUGUCAUGUCAUAAAUGAACCGCAUAGCAGCGUGUGCGCGCAAAAAAGAAGAAAAGCGUCUGACUUCUUCCAGAAAUGCUUCGAAAGACUCGAUUAUGGCAUCAGAUCUGUCUUGCUCUCUGUGCUUCCAAGUGAUCUGUUGCCUCCCUCACUCGGGCUGCAUCUGCAGGAGCAAAGCAAUAGUGACAAACAGGGAGAAUGAGUAUGAAUGCGUGAGAGAGGGAGCAUCUUAUUGCAUAGAGCGUAGUCCUCACAGGAAGGAGGGAAUUGGACACGUUGACGCGUGGAAGUAAAAAACUGUUUGAAUAAGUGCAAUUAAAAUGUGACACAGCAGACUCUGCAGGGACUGCGCUGUCUACAAGAUCUGUUCGUCAGUAGUUCAUCAGACCCGGACUGCCUUCCUCAGCUGCCACAUCUGUUGAAGAUGUACAACAUAAAAGAUGCGUCAACAGACUUUUGUUUUUCUUUUUUCGUGAUGUACGUGUCCUCUCCUUUCAUAACAAAGCUGUACCAUACAACAAACUGUUUUAACACGAAGACAUAUUUUUGUACAUACAGUCAAACAGUGUUGUAGCAGAACGUUCACUGCCACUUUUUUUCCUGACAGUGUUUUGACAACCAGCUGUCAGCGGGGCGGCGAGCUGGCAUGUAUGAGUUGUGUGACUGGGCAGCAACAUCAAGGCUACUGCCUGUAGUUUAUUUGUGUGUGUAUGUCUUUUUAAAAAAAUAGUUGUCAAGGAGACAUUUAUUAAUGUAUGCACUCUCAGCUUCCCGUAGCCUAAAAUGUAAAUAUUUGAUUUUAACAGAUAUAUUUUGUGUAAAACAAGUUUUAUAAAUAAAGAUUAAUCUAUUUAUAUUAUAUGUUUUUGCAGUGGCUUGGUUCUUUAGCUGAUAUUGCGUGUGCGUGUGAGUCUGUGUGUGUCAGCAGCGGCGCUAAUUGAGCAAACGAGGGAGCUUCUCUUUUAUUCAAAGCCCCUGCAUGACCUUUUGCCGACUUGGUUGGGCACACGGGAGAAAAUUGCGCAGCUGGGCGAACACUCACCAACCAUUAUAAAUGCGCACCUUCCACGGCGCUUUGUCUGCAUUCAGGGCAGGGAGAUUAAUAUUACGUUUCAUCCAUGCAUUGUUUCUUUUGCGUACUCUGCUUUUACCCAACGUCCCAGAGUGCCUGGAGCUGAGGGAAAGGAGGGGGUGGGGGUGGCAAUUCACUCAAAGGGUAUAGACACUUUGAAAUACAGCCUGGGGAAAGUCAGCAAGACAAUGAGACGGGGUCAAAAUUCUUAUUGCCCGAUUGAGAUCAAUCUAAAUGAAACCUGGGGUUGUAGACUAGUUGUAUCCCCAACUGUGUUUUUCAUGGCGCACACAGGCCAAUCAAAAAGCCCAUCUCCUGCGAAAUGGGGAGCACAACGCCCCAUUGUGAGCACUAUUGUGUGCGCCUUUGCGCCUCAUUAUACGAAUUAUUGAAGAUCUUCUAUUGUAAAUAAACACUGAUGCCGUGUUCAACUAAGCAGAACGAAGUAUAACGAGUUUAUUCUCACCUGGCGCGCCUUUGGGGUGUGGAAAACGGGAGCAAGAGAAGCUGCUCUUGUUUGUGAAUUGUGGAUGUACUUUUCCACAAAAUUUAAAGAAGAGACGUUUUUUGAAAUCACUUUUGAUCACUUCAUAUAUUUCUUAAAAACAAAAAGUAUGUAAACACAAUAGCCCGAUAUCAAAACAAA